AUGGCUGCGAGAACGUAUCCGGUACUGUCGAGGAGACAGAUUGAAGGUCUGAUUGCCGACGGACGAAGUAUAUUCAUUCUUGACCAAUUUGUGUUCAAGGCGGAUCCUUGGCUUCAAUAUCACCCUGGUGGCGACAAGGCCAUCUUACACAUGGUUGGUCGAGAUGCUACUGACGAAGUCACUGCUCUCCACUCCCCCGAAGCAAGGCAACAGAUGAACAAGUAUCGAAUUGGGAGGAUCGAAGGAAGAUGGACCAACUUUCUCCCACCUAUCCAGGGUGGGAAGUUUAGACCAUUGUCGGAGAACGACGACGCCAAAGAUGACAAUGGAAACGAGGAAUGCGACCAAAAUUCCACUGAAUCGUCGAGCCUUUCAAGUUCCCGUGAUGCUUCUCCGGUCUUCGACAAAGCUGAACCCGUGCGAAAGCGAUAUGUCGGUGAUGGAUUACGCGGCCCGGCAUCUACAUCGUCGGUAUCGUCAGCGGAGCCUGAUGACGAUGGUAUGACAUACCUCGAUACUAUCACCAAGCAGAAGACGACUCUAGAUUUGGAGAAAUAUCCCUCUCUGGAUUUUGCCACGCAGGAUUCCAUUGUCGCCAAGUAUCGCGACUUGGACCAACGAAUCAGGGCUGAGGACUUGUAUAAGUGUAAUUAUGGAGCAUAUGCGAUCGAGGUCACCCGCUAUUCUAUCCUCUUCGGUCUCGCCUUUCUCUUCCUGCACUGGAGCUGGUAUGUCCCGAGUGCGGUAUGCUUGGGUGCGUUUUGGCAUCAACUCGUCUUCACCGCCCACGACGCUGGCCACAUGGGCAUCACCCAUGGGUUUCAUACGGAUACCGUCAUUGGCAUUAUUAUUGCAGAUUUCCUCGGAGGAUUAUCUCUAGGCUGGUGGAAGAGGAACCAUAACGUACAUCAUAUUGUGACGAAUGCGCCUGAGCACGACCCAGAUAUCGAGCAUAUGCCGUUCUUGGCCGUAUCUCAUCGGUUUUUUCAGUCUAUGCGGUCCACCUAUUACGAUCGCAUAAUGGAAUAUGAUGCAGUGGCGAAGUUUAUGCUCAGGAUCCAACCCUACACAUACUACAUCCUGCUGCUCUUCGGACGCUUGAAUCUAUACCGCCUCUCGUGGGACUACCUAAUUGUGGGGAGAGGACCUCGCAAGGGUCCGGCAUGGUGGCACAGGUGGCUUGAGAUAACCGGGCAGAUUUUCUUCUGGACAUGGUACUUCUACGGCAUCGUGUAUAAAUCGAUCCCGAACAACUGGGAUCGAUUCGUCUUCUUCCUAGUUAGCCACAUGGUCCCUAUGCCAGUGCACGCGCAGAUCUGCCUUUCCCAUUUCGCAAUGAGCACGUCGGACCUUGGUCCCCACGAAUCAUUUCCUCAGAAGAUGCUCCGCACAACCAUGGAUGUCGACUGCCCCCAAUGGCUAGAUUUCUUCCAUGGUGGCCUGCAAUUUCAGGUCAUACACCAUCUAUUCCCCCGGAUCCCGCGUCAUAAUCUCCGUCGGACACAGAAACUAGUUCAAGACUUUUGUAACGACGUAGGCAUUCCAUACGCGUUAUACGGGUUUGUGGAUGGGAAUAGGCAGGUGGUUGGCACGUUGGCAGAGGUUUCGAGACAGGCAGCUAUACUUGCCAAGUGCCAGAAAGUUAUUUCGGAUAGUGAUGACCCUAUUCAUGGGCAUCACCACUAA